AUGAGAAUAACAAGUACAUCUUGUAUCUGCCCAGUCCUAGUUUGUCUCUGUUUCGUGCAGAGAUGUUAUGGAGCUGCUCACCAUGGCUCCAUCAAGGUGACCAGAAAUCAAACCAAACACAUGGAAGGUGAAACAGAAGUGCAUCAUCGUCCAAAGCGUGGAUGGGUGUGGAAUCAGUUCUUUGUUUUAGAAGAACACAUGGGACCAGAUCCUCAGUAUGUAGGAAAGCUGCAUUCCAAUUCUGACAAAGGUGAUGGAUCAGUCAAAUACAUUCUUACUGGAGAAGGGGCAGGGACUAUAUUUAUUAUUGAUGACACAACUGGAGACAUCCAUUCAACCAAAAGCCUAGAUCGAGAGCAGAAGACACACUAUGUGCUUCAUGCCCAAGCUAUUGAUAGACGGACAAACAAGCCACUUGAGCCUGAAUCUGAGUUCAUUAUCAAAGUGCAGGAUAUCAACGACAAUGCACCAAAAUUUACAGAUGGACCAUACAUUGUUACUGUGCCAGAGAUGUCUGAAAUGGGUACAUCUGUUCUACAGGUGACAGCCACAGAUGCAGAUGAUCCCACAUAUGGAAACAGUGCCAGAGUAGUGUACAGUAUUCUUCAGGGACAGCCAUAUUUCUCUGUUGACCCCAAAACAGGAGUCAUCAGGACUGCCUUGCACAAUAUGGACAGGGAAGCCAGAGAGCAUUAUUCCGUUGUCAUUCAAGCCAAAGAUAUGGCUGGGCAGGUCGGAGGGCUGUCAGGGUCAACAACUGUAAAUAUCACACUCACAGAUGUCAACGACAAUCCACCCAGGUUUCCUCAGAAACAUUAUCAACUAUAUGUUCCUGAGUCGGCUCAAGUUGGAUCAGCAGUUGGCAAAAUCAAAGCAAAUGAUGCAGACACGGGGUCAAAUGCAGACAUGAAGUACACGAUUAUAAAUGGCGAUGGCUCUGGGGUAUUCUCCAUAUCUACUGACAAAGAAACAAGGGAAGGAAUUCUCUCUCUGAAGAAGCCACUCAACUAUGAAAAAAAGAAAUCAUAUACACUUAAUAUAGAAGGAGCAAAUACUCACCUGGAUUUUCGCUUUUCACACUUGGGACCAUUCAAAGAUGUAACAAUGUUGAAGGUCAUUGUUGGCGAUGUGGAUGAACCCCCGCUCUUCACUAUGCCUUCCUAUGUUAUGGAAGUUUAUGAAAAUGCAAAGAUUGGGACUCCUGUUGGCACAGUAACGGCACACGAUCCUGAUGCUGCAAACAGUUUAGUGAGAUAUUUCAUUGAUCAUAAUGCAGAAGAAGAUAGGUAUUUCACCAUUGAUGCUAGUACUGGAACCAUUAAGACUGCCAAGAUCUUUGACAGAGAGGAGACACCGUGGUACAACAUCACAGUGGCUGCUUCUGAGAUAGACAAUCCUGGGCUAGUGAGCCAUGUUCCAGUUGGUGUUAGAAUCCUGGAUGUCAAUGACAAUCCUCCCGAGCUUGCCAGAGAUUAUGAUGUAGUUGUCUGUGAAAAUACAAAGCCUGGUCAGGUAAUUCAGACUAUCACUGCUACUGACAAAGAUAACUCUGCAAAUGGCGCAAGAUUCCAUUUUUCUCUUGAUGAAGGGCUUUCUUUGAAUCCCAACUUUACUCUAAGGAACAAUGAAGAUAAUACAGCCAGUAUUCUGACAAAACGAAGGAGAUACAGUCGAACCACACAAGAUAUCUAUUACCUCCCAGUUUUGAUUUCUGAUGGCGGCGUGCCCCCUCUCAGCAGCAGCAGUACCCUCACCAUCCGGGUUUGUGCCUGUGAGAGAGACGGACGAGUGAGAACUUGCCAUGCUGAAGCUUUCCUCUCCUCGGCUGGCUUGAGCACAGGAGCUUUAAUUGCAAUCCUGCUCUGCAUUGUCAUCCUUCUUGUUUUCUCUUUAGCAAUUGUGGUCCUUUUCAUCACUCUAAGACGUGGCAAGAAGGAGCCUUUGAUCAUUUCAGAAGAAGAUGUGCGGGAAAAUGUUGUGACAUAUGAUGAUGAGGGAGGUGGAGAGGAAGACACAGAAGCAUUUGACAUCACAGCACUGCGGAAUCCAUCUGCUGCUGAAGAGCUAAAAUAUCGGAGGGAUGUUCGUCCUGAAGUGAAGCCUCUGUCCAGGCAUCAUCCCUCCUCAAGCCUUGACAGUAUAGAUGUUCAGGAGUUCCUUAAUCAAAGACUGGCAGAGGCUGAUCUGGACCCCAGUGUGCCCCCGUAUGACUCCCUGCAGACAUAUGCCUAUGAGGGUCAUAGAUCAGAAGCUGGGUCUAUCAGCUCUCUGGAUUCAGCAACAACACACUCUGACCAGGAUUAUAAUUACCUUGGAGACUGGGGACCUGAGUUCAAGAAGCUAGCAGAACUCUAUGGGGAAAUAGAACCAGAAAGAACAACUUAGUUGUAAUUCCCAGAACAGAGAAGUUCCUAAACAAUUGGACAGAUAAUGGCAACAAUGGUAACAAAAAAAAGUGAAUACAGUACUUGGAACUGAGUAAGUUGUAUGCAGUUACUGUAGAACAAGUGCCCUUUUCAUAUUUGAAACUGGGUUCUCCAAUUGAAAGAACGUCAAAUUUUGGAAAAUACAGAAAAAAAAUCUAUUGUCCCUUGUGUAUUUUUUUUUAAUUGCUCAUUAAAGUGUCUGGUACCUUGUCUGCAACAAUACCUAAAGUAAAGCCAAGAAAUUACAUUUUUAUUGCAAUAUGCGUUAACAGCUCCAAGCUGCAGUAAGUUUAUGGUCAUGUCUGUUUGAGAAGAGAGCUAACAGAGGAUCAAAUCUCUUGCAGGUGGUUGUGAUGUUGCAUUUCUAGCUGUGCUCUAGGCCUUGUGAUCCCAACACCAGGUAGACAAUGAGGUUUACUAUCAGUGUGAGAAGUGCUACCAGUCUGUUUCCUUUACAGAGGU